CACCAAGGCUAUUUAUUAGUGAGCGUGACUGACGACAUCAGAACACAACAAAACACAACUGCGACGAGUUCGCGCGCACAGGGCAAUAUUCAACUUCUGCUCUUAUUUAACUAUAUUUACUGAAGUAUUAUUGUCUUCUGAGUUUAGAUACAUUAAGCUAAAAUCAUGAAUCGAAUGGGGAGUAUGUGCACAUUUGAUGAAAUCAGAUGGGAUGACAGAAUGAACGGGCACAGAACCCUCAGACUGACUCUCCACGAGCAGAACCAGCACCAGCCGCCCACCACAGAUAAGCCAAUUGGCAGAGCUUUUGCUUUGGUACAACCAAACUAUGAGCGGCAGCCAUUGAAGUCUGAUCUGAUCAAGCAGUCUGAAGACCAGGGUGAGGUCAUCAAGGUAUAUCUUGAAGACCGCAAAGAGGCCCAAGCCAGACACCAACAGAGUCUAAAAAUGCUCUCAGAGGAAGUUUCACAAAUACAGGAGGUGAGAUAUUGUCUAAAAAACCUCAGAGAGCAGAUGGCAGCUAAAAGUCACAGGACAGAACAUAAGCUGGUGUUAUCUGGUCCCAGAAAAGUUAAUGGCACUCAUUCAUCAUUAACACAGGCCCUAAACGGUUUAGAGAGACAGGAUAGCAUGGAUGAGCAAGAAAAAGAGAAGAUGAGGGAGGCCAGUAAGCGUCUGUAUGCUCAACUCCAAGAGGCCGAGAAGAAACACCAGGAGGAGAGAGAAAAUUUGCUGGCCGAGGCACAGCAGUAUAAGCAGCAAUUAUCUGAGCAGAGCGAGUAUCUGAAGAGGGUUCAGCAGAGCAAAGAGCAGCAGGAUCAACAGAUCGAAGACCUGAGACGUCUCAUGGGCGGCAUGGAGCAGGAGAGCUCCACCCUCAGAGACCAACUCAUGACCAGAGAAGCCGAACUCCUGCAACUACGCGAACUAAGGGAGGAGGGCCAUGCAGGGAGGGAGAGGUUAGAAGAGGUGGAAAAAGAAAACGCAAUUCUGAAAGAAAAGAUUCAUCACUUAGAUGACAUGCUCAAGAGUCAACAGAGAAAGCUACGGCAAAUGAUUGAACAGCUUCAGAACUCGCGGAUGGUGAUUCAAGAGAGAGACAGAGUGAUCAGAGAGCUGGAGGAAAAGGUGGCCAUGCUGGAGGCAGAGAACAAACAAAUGCAUGAUCAGCUGGAUUACUACCUUGGGAGUCAAAGGUCAAACUCGUACCUGCCAUCAGAUGGCAGUGCACAGAUUGUCUACAGCAGACCUCUGAGACCAUCCACCACGACCAACAAGAGCCUGCCCUUCAUCAAGGUCAUUGAAAUUAAAUCAUGAACCUUACCACAACGACAUCAUGUGACAACGGCACCAUUCUCCUGUAAACAGUGAAGGAGAUUACCAGCAACAUCACAGAUCUUCACCAAAUGACAUGCGAUUGCUUUAAUGUCUAAAGGCUUUUCCUGCAAGAAUACUACUAACAGCACAGGUCUGUUACUGUUAUUGCCAAUAUUACAUACUAUAACUGAAUUAUCAAGAUAGAUUUGAUAGACCAGGGACUGUUAUGGUGAACAUAUCCAUUUAUAUGAAGACUAAUGAAGAAAACAAAUGAAGAACUCAUCUUUUCAUUAUUGUGGGAUUUGUGAACGGCUUCUGGUGUAUUUUGAUAUUUAUUUGAGGCUGGUCCUCUGAAGACGAUGUCUCUCACCCAAAGUAAAUAGACAGAUUGUGAUGUUAAACACCCUCAUUGAGCUCUAGUUAUCUCUCGUAAUCUCCUUUGGUAUUAGCUCGGCUAAACUUUAGUGGGUUUUUGAGUUCGAAGAAAUCACAGGUUAAGAUUUGUUAAAAUUAUAGAGACAAUGGAUGGGAAGAAGAUUUUUAUUUUAUCUAUGUGAAUUAAAGAUUGAAGGAUUUUUGUUUCUUAAUUGUAUCUAUUUGUAUCCAAAUUAAGGCAGGACGUUUUUUGUGCAGUACUGUUGUGGCUAUUGAGAUUUUUUUAUUAAUUCAGCCCCCAUUUGAGUCAAGUUCAUCCUGAAACAAAUAUUUAUUCUUGAUCUAAAUGCUUUUCUCAACCAAAGGGAUACAGCAGGGGGGAAUCUAAUGACUCACCUUCUAUGAAAAACAAAGACGCCUUGUGAAUGUUUCAUAAGUUUAAAGGAAUGUAACACUUGUCCUCCGCUGAGCCAGACCAGUUCGGGCCAGUAGGGCACAGCGUGACCUCCGUUAUUCAGUCCAGCCAGCCACUGCAGUACACUCUACACUUACUCAGUUAGUCAUUUCAAACAUUCAGUAAACUGGUUUUAUAACACCUAGUUAGAGAAGUGAUGUGAUUGGCCAGAGCACUAAUGUCAUGUGAACCAUGAAUGAUACCACAAUAGAGUAUUUAUACUUCAUUCAUUUAAUUCUGGGCAGGGUUGUGUUGAAGAAUGCAAUUCAUAACCAUGUUUAUCUGCCUUCACAUUUGUAGAUAGUGUGUAUAUUUUCUCUCUGUGAACUUUAACCUUAUGUGAAUUUCUUAGACAGCCUUCAUAUCAGCAUGUGAAAUCCAUUAUUAUUUUUUUAAUAAUAAUAUUUUUGUAGUAAAAAACAAGUGGUUUGCGAUGCUUAAAUUCAUGGAAUAUUGUAUAUUAUAUUUAAAUAAAUCUGUUUCAUUAA